CUUUUACCGCUAAGCUACCUCAAGAGUUAAAAGAGAUGUUUGUGUAGUGUGGUCUGUCAAAAAACCAUUUUUUUCCACAUUUUGCCGCAAUCUUCUUCCCCUCCCUCUUGGAUAGAGGCUCCACCCACGCCCGCUUCCCGCCUUCCGAUGCAGGAUUGAAACAGUUAGCCAUCAGCUAUGACCAAUGCCUGCAUUUCUAGAUUCAGCAGCAUUCAGAAAGCAGCGGUGCCACUUCCUGGCAGAAGCUAUCACGGCAUUGUUUUCUUGAGGAGCUUCUCAACUUUGGCAGCACCAAGUUUUCCUCUUAUCAGUUAUCCUCCACCAUCACAAGUUUUGACAGCGUGCCUGACCCAAUCAAAUGCUCCACAACGUUCUGAUGAGUGGUUUGCCCUUCGCAAGGACAAAUUGACUACAAGCACCUUCAGCACUGCUUUAGGAUUCUGGAAAGGGAAUCGACGAAAUGAGCUCUGGCGUGAGAAGGUAUUCUCUCCAGAUGUCCAAUUAAUACAAUCUGCUAGCAGGUGUGCCAUGGAUUGGGGUGUUCUCAUGGAAGCAGUAGCCAUAGAGCGCUAUAAAAGCAUCACCGGCCGCGAUGUGAGCUCACUUGGGUUUGCAGUCCAUUCGGAUGAGCGAUUGGGUUGGGUUGGUGCCUCCCCGGAUGGUCUCCUUGGAUGCUUGCCGGGGGGUGGGAUCCUGGAAGUGAAAUGCCCAUAUAACAAAGGAAAGCCAGAAAAGGGGCUGCCAUGGAAUACUAUGCCAUUCUACUACAUGCCUCAGGUGCAGGGGCAAAUGGAAAUCAUGGACAGAGAUUGGGUUGAUGUGUAUUGUUGGACACCAAAUGGGAGCACAAUAUUCCGUGUCUAUAGAGAGCGGAGUUAUUGGGAGUUAAUGCAUGGAAUUUUGUGGGAAUUUUGGUGGGAAAAUGUGGUUCCUGCUAGGGAAGCUCUUUCAUUGGGAAAUGAGGAGGAUGCCAAAUCAUAUAAACCAACAUCAACACACAAAAAAACCGGACUUGUGAUUUCAAGAAGCUUGAAGUUGGCAGGUGAAGCAAAAAUGUUGUGCAGGGAUAUUGCUGGUCAUGUUGAAUUUUUCCGCUAACGUGGCCUACAGCAUUUUCAACACGCAACCGAAUGGUUUUGCCAUGCAGUUAUGUACAUUGAUUUUCUAGGGCCCAUCGUGUUGAUGGCUAAUUUAACGGAGCAAUAGAUCAGCUCCGAAAGAUGGUUAUCGGUUCAAGAAUGUAAGGUGUCCCCACCCAUAUAUGAGGGAGUCAUUUUCUCUACAAUGUUAGAGAUCUUUGUCUUAGUAGAGGGUGAAAUGGUGAUCCUUUAACCGCCACUCCUCGAACGAAAUAAGGUCUUCCCAUUGUUUAUCUUCUUUAAGUCUCCAUAUUUAUCAAAGGGAAUUCCUAUUUGUUGUUUGAUAUUUGAGCUAUGCUAGGGCUGCACUAUUCAUUGACUGUAACAUUAUGCACGGUAAGGGACUGUGUCGUUGUAGCGUUGUCUCUCCUUCUGUAUAUGCUCGCUACAUUUGCCUCAAUCUUAUUUCAAAAGAUGAUGAACAAUAGCCCUUGGGUCUUUGAGGAGCUUCUGAA